CAUAAAUACUGUCUGCGAUAAUGAAGCGUGAGCUUUCCUUAUCACUGCCUUUUGGCGUAACGGUUAAGGGACGACAGUCUUGACUACUUACAAUUCGACAACGAAGCAUCUGGUUGUCGAGAAACCACAAAAUGAAGUCUAAAGCAGGGUUCCUGUCUCUUGCUGAAGAACUCCAGUUUUACAUUCUGAGCUUCCUUCCUUACCGAGAUAUUCUUCAUUGUACAUCCGUAUGUAAGGCCCUUCGGAAGACGUACACAUCCUCCUCAGAGCUUCAGUACAUAGUUGAACUCAGUGGCCAACAAUUGCUCCCUGUCCCCGACUCGGAUGCCCGCACACCGAUUUCCAAGCGCCUAAAACUCUUGAGGGACAAAACUCAUGCAUGGUUCAAGUUUGACAUCCACUCUUUCGAAACAAUCCCUGUCCCUGAGGAGCAGCUCUCUAAUCACAAAAUUGUCACUGAUGGGCAUCUCCACUCGUGGGCCCGGACCCGGGGCGGAGAUGGACACUCCUUGGCCACGAUCUUUCCAAUACUACCAAAGCCCUCACAACAAACAAUCGAGCGCAACUGGUCUAUAGGGGCGUUGUGUCCACUUCCCCACGCAGUUAGUCUUGAUGUGUUCAUGGACCCAGCGCAAAACCUGAUCGCGGUCCUCUAUCAUGAUGAUAUUGGAGUUCUGUUGAACGCCAAUGAGACCCUCUAUAUCGACCUUAGAGCACUGGAUAGUGGUAGUGCUCACCCCCAAGCUGCCGGACAGGCACUGUUUCUGUCGGCGGUGCCCGGAUACGAGUACCCCCCCAUUAAUACGAGCUAUAGUAUUAGGAAGCUCAAGGGUUUUGGGAGGCAUAUCGCUUUGCUGCACUCCUUGCUGUUCGAAGUUGAUGAUGAUGAAUUCGGGUCCGUGCAUGUGUGGCAGUUGCAGAUUUGGGACUGGAAACACUCAAUGACAUCCAGUAGCAUCCUCAGCGACACAUUAUCACUCGAUUUUCCUAAUCCAAUCGAUUUUUGUUUCCUCGGAGACAAUAGGUUGCUCGUUGUCACCGACGAUUUGAAGCUCUAUUCGAUCGAUGAUAUGUCCCAGACGCCGCAAUUGCUGGCGUGCUUCCUAUCGCCCUUCCCAUUUCCGUCCGUAGAGUGCCUCCUUCCGAUGGAUGAUAUUGAGCAUAGCUCACAACCGCAGAUGCAAGUCCAACAAGCGAUGUACACCUCAGACCCUAAACACCGAUUACUAUGCCUCAUCGCGGGCUACCCGGAUCCGCGUCAAGUCUAUAUCAUUUCCACGAAGAUUUUCUUCAAUCUUGACGCAACGGCAUCCACAACGCCUAUACCAUGGAACCACUGGGGCCCUUCAAAUAUUCGUAUUUUUCAGCACCUGUAUGAUUGCCCCAUAGUUCAUGUUAGUGAGAAUCGAGUUUUACAGGCAUUUACCACGCCAGGCACUGGUUUCACGGAGUAUACAUUACAUCUAAUGGACUUCAGCCCACUAGCUGUAACGAACAGGCGAGGUCUAGGACGAGUGGUGAAAGAGUCAUCUACGAUAGACAUAGGUGGGUUCCCUGGCAGGUCCUGGAAGCACUUGACUAUGUCCCUGCCUUACGUCGAGGUUGUAUCGGACAGAAAGUUUCGUCGUGACGAGUUAGAGAAUAUAUGGAUCGAUAAUGAUAGGAUCUAUUUGCUCAAGAGAAGUUGGCGGCGCAGAUUUACUCAGAGUUUAAAUUAUCACCUUGAGGUCAUUGACAUCUAGAACCAAGUCUGUUAUCCGCUGGUUUACCAUCAGCUAGCGAUGGAUUGUCGACGUUGUUUAGUUGUUGAUUUUGUUCGGGCGAUAUCAUAGUGACAUGGUAGUGACAUACUAGAUUUAUGUAACAUCAAUUUGACUCGUCA